AUGUUGGAAGAACACGCAAAUCAAACGCUGAAGGAUGGGAUGAACGCCAGCAGCGCUCCAAAUGUUCCGUUCGCCAUCUCCUGCCUUCUUGGCACAACCGUCGCGACCCUGGCAACGAACUGCGGAGUUCUUGCAGUAUUUCUCAUCAACAAAUCUCUUCGCACGGCGUUCAACGUCUACAUCAUGGCUCUAUUAUCUGCCAACAUAAUCUUUGCCGCCGUCGAUGGUCCGUUGAAACUGCUAGCCUACCCGUAUCCCGACUGGCGACUGGGACCGGCAGUAUGUACGUUGCGCAUUUACAGCGUCUACAUCAUCGCCGCCAUGGCCAUUCAUUUCCAUCUGCUGAUCACCCUGAACCGCGUCUGGGCAAUGUUUUGGCCAGUGUCCUACCGUAACUCCCACUCCACCGCCCUGGCGUGGUGUUUAUGCGGCGGCACGGUGUUCUAUCUGCAUGUGGUGCUGCUACCCGGAAUCCUGCUGGACGCGGUGUAUUAUCGUAUUUCUGUUGAACGAGGCUGUUGGCUGGAUUUCUCACGGCAGUUCGCCUGGGCAACGUUUACGUCGUGGUGGGUGUUCAUUGGUCCCAAAGUGUUCAUUCCCAUUUGUUAUCCGUUUCUCUGGAGGAAAGAAAUGCGUCGAAGAGCAAUUAUAGCGGCCGGUCAACGGUUUGCGGAGAUGACGAUGACGUCGACUCCUCCGACGCCAGCGGACAUGACGACCGCCCCGGCGCGUCCACAACGAAGCCGUUUGCGACCGUUCAUCGUGCUGACUUUAUUUACCAUCAGCAUUAUCGUCUGCUGGAUGCCGAGUCUGAUGUACUACCAACUGCUGAAUUUCGUUUCGAUGGACAAGCUGAAGACGUUUGGGAAAGUCGCGGACAUUUUAUAUUCGCUGCAAGGUCUACUGGAUCCGGUUUUUGUUUGUCUGAGUCUGAGUAAGAUGUACCAUCACGUGAUGCGUUUGGGGAGGGUGUGCGUCUCGCAGGCAGAGCCAUACAAGGCCGCUCGCCAAGAUUUAUGCGAAAAGUUACAAUACAAUAACUGA